AUGCUGUCAGUGGGGGCUGCUCUGAAGAAACAUGAGGCAGAGGAAGGGAAGAGAGAUUCUCGAGGAGGGAAGCCUCUCAUUCAGAUGGCAUGCGCAGGGAAGACCUCACGUGAGGAAGAUGAGGACCAAAGGCACCUGACAGAUGAGAGCCUCAGCAGCUUGGCAGCCCCACGUCCCCUGACCUCGCUUAUUUCUAACCGCGGCUUCCAAACCAGUACCAUUUCAAGGGACACUGACACCGCAGCCAAGUUCAUUGGGGCUGGGGCUGCCACAGUAGGGGUGGCAGGCUCUGGGGCUGGAACUGGGACUGUGCUUGGGAGCCUCAUCAUUGGUUAUGCCAGGAACCCUUCUCUGAAGCAACAGCUCUUCUCCUACACCAUUCUGGGCUUUGCCCUCUUAGAGGCCAUGCGGCUCUUUUGCCUGAUGGUGACCUUUCUCAUCCUCUUUGCCAUGUGA